AUGGCGUUAUUUUUUGACCAGUCGUUUGAUUUAGGCCUAGUUCAGAAAAUUAACGUGGAGACAGAAAGUGAUUUUAUUUUCAACACAAAUAUGCUUCAGUUUACAGGUGUGACGACCAAGCACAUGCUGUCCUCUCCUGAACUUGACAGAACAGGCCACGUUGAGGGUCAGAGGAAAAGAAAGAGGACCAUUUUUAGCCGAGCUCAGUUGUCAGAACUGGAGCGUGCUUUCAUGAUCACACCGUAUCCAGACAUCACACUGCGAGAAAGACUGGCCGCACUCACGCUGCUUCCAGAGAGCAAGAUUCAGGUAUGGUUCCAAAACAGACGAGCUCGCAGUAUGAAAAGCAAGAAACUGAUUACACCCGUCAACAGGAGGAGUCCAGCCAAAGUAUGUACUUUUCCAGAAACCAAUCCCGAUUUAAACCUCGAACAAAGCCCAGAGGCCAACAAAAGCUUGCAUCAUCAUCAGCAAAGCCUUAUUAGACAGACUCUGAAUCCCUGGCCUCAAAAUCGUCCGCCCAUUUCUCCAGACCUACCAGAAGUCCUGCAAUGGGCAAACAGAAACUCUGAAACACCUGGAGAUUCAUCUUUCUCCAGCUGCCCAUCGGAAAGGAUCCAACAUCCGUUUCCGAACCAAUCCAGCAGUGUUUGGCAGAUGAACUGCUUUGCCGCUCACCCUGAAGGCUUGAAAUCUUACUGUACUUCCAGUCAGGCUAUGUAUUCCUCCAUGUCUGUUGAUCAAAUGAUUCCUGCACAUCCAAGCAGUUUGGAGGAAGCUCUGCAAAGACAGGCUUUGACACAUUAUCCGCAGACAUCACUGGGAGAUAUUUCUGACCUCAUCUAUAAAGCAGCUGUGGUCACUAAUCUGGAAGACUGCUAA